CAAAGAAUCAAAAUUGCAUGUGUAAAUGUAAACUUGAUUUGAGAAAUUGAAGGGCAUGCGGACCAUCAAUUGUAUAAAGAAAAAUCAUAUCGACGGGGAACCAUUCAUCUCCAUUCUAUUGUAGUAUAGCCGAACAGAAUUCAUCCCUCUCCGCCCUAAACUGUUUCUUCUUAGUAGACCUGGCAAACGGGCAUGUUGGGUCGGGUUAGGGUCGGAUCAUAAUGGGUCUACUUCUUAGUCAAUCGAUAGCCAGUCUUCGGGAGUUACUGUCUCAGUGCCAUGGAGCCACAUCAGGAGAGAGCCGGAGUUCCUCAGUCUCCUUGCCCACCGGUACCAGACCAUGGCGGUGGUUUCUCACCCAUCCUUGCUGUUUUCUUCCCUUUCUUGGCUAUAGCGUCUAUGGCAAGCUCUUCCAUUUACAUCAGUCGUUUAACUCAAUUGUACACGUAUCCGAUACUGAUUCCAUCUCCAUCAAAUAUUAAGAAUAGCUUAUCAAUUUUGCACAAAGUCCCAGAAGGUCAUGUUGGUGUUUAUUGGAGGGGAGGUGCUCUUUUAAAGACAAUUACAGAUCCAGGUUUCCAUUUGAAGAUGCCUUUGCUAACUGAAUAUGAGCUUGUUCAAGUCACUCUUCAAACAGAUCAGGUGAGGGAUAUCCCUUGUGGUACUAAAGGAGGUGUAAUGAUCAACUUUGAAAAGAUAGAGGUUGUUAAUCGGCUUCGUAAAGAAUAUGUGUAUGAGACGUUGCUGAACUAUGGUGUUCAUUAUGACAACACAUGGAUAUAUGAUAAGAUUCAUCAUGAAAUCAAUCAGUUCUGCAGCUCUCAUACCCUCCAACAAGUCUAUAUUGAUGUUUUUGAUCAAAUUGAUGAAAAGAUGAAAGAUGCUCUUCAGGGUGACUGCACACGUUACACACCAGGUAUUGAAAUCAUUAGUGUGCGUGUGACUAAGCCAUCCAUCCCAGAUAGCAUUAGAAGAAAUUAUGAACAAAUGGAAGAGGAGCGCACGAAGGUUUUAAUUGCUAUUGAGCGUCAAAAAGUUGUUGAGAAAGAGUCUGAGACAAAGAAAAAGAUAGCUAUCAGUGAAGCUGAAAAGAAUGCCACUGUUAGCAAGAUCAUUAUGGAACAGAAGCUGAUGGAAAAGGACAGUGCCAGGACGCAGCAAGAAAUUGAGAUCCAGAUGUACCUUGCUCAUCAAAAGAGCCUAGCAGAUGCUGAUUUUUAUCGAGUAAUGAAGGAAGCUGAAGCAAACAAGUUGAAGCUGACUCCUGAAUUUCUUGAGCUCAAGUUUAUUGAGGCCAUUGCUGAUAAUACAAAAAUUUUCUUUGGAGACAAGGUACCAAAUAUGGUUUUGGAUCAGAGGCUGCUCGGGAACUUCCUUCAAAACAUGAGUAGUAAGGUGUAUAGUGACAUUGGAAUGGGGAUGCCAGAUGUUUAAGUUGCAAUGGUUUUCAAAAUCAAGUGGUAGUUUGGGAACUUCCAUAAGCACUGCUUAGUGGGGAAGGAAGGGGUAGGUCAGAUGUUUAAGUUGCGGUGGUUUCCAAAAUCAUGUCGUAGUUUGUACAUACGGUCUAACAGUGUAGAGAAGUCAAAAAAGCGUCUUGUUUUGUGACUAAUUUUUGGUUGAUGUCUCUCUUUGUUAACAACAGUAGCUGUGCUUACCCCCAAAAUGGGAAAAAGGUGAAAAACUACUGCAGUUGUAACUAAUGCAACAGUGAAUAGUCUUUUUUCUGGCGUCUUUACUUUGUAUGAUGAAUAAUUUAUGAAUAAUGAUGAAUGGAAUUA